AUGCACAAGCAGCGCCAAUGCGCCCGCAACCCGCAGGCGCACCAGCAUGCCAGCAACUGCGACUGCAUGUGCGCCUGCAGCGCCAUCGUGCCUGCAGCCUGCACGCAUGCCAGCAGCACCUGCGCACUAGCGGCCGCCAGCGCACCAGCACGGAAACAUAGCAAGCACUCGCCAACAGCAACGCUAGCCAGCAGUGGCUGCCAGCAUAGCGCGCCUGCAGUGCUAGCAGCGCGUGCCAGCCAGCGCGCCAGCUGCACCAACGCGAGGGAUGAGGAGGAGGAGGAGGAGGAGGAGGAGGAGGAGGAGGAGGAGGAGGAGGAGGAGGAGGAGGAGGAGGAGGAGGAGGAGGAGGAGGAGGAGGGGGGGGGAGGAGGAGGAGGAGGAGGAGGAGGAGGAGGAGGAGGAGGAGGAGGAGGAGGAGGAGGAGGAGGAGGAGGAGGAGGAGGAGGAGGAGGAGGAGGAGGAGGAAGAGAAGGAGGCGGAGGAGGAUACAGGCAAUGGGAAGAGAAGGGGUCUGCCCUUCCUACGUAG